AUGAUAAAAUUGCUGAUGUACCAAGUCGAUAACUCACGGUUUUUAUGUACGGAAUGUCUGUUCCGCCCGAAGAAGUGGGGCCUCAACACAAAAGGCUUGCAUCAAUUAGUACAUGAAGCGGUACAGAUGAGCCCGAUUGACAGCAGGACGACUUUUUACAGAAACAUCUAUCUUGCUGGCGAAGCGUCGUUUAUGCCUGGUUUGGCCGAGAAAUUGGAGCAGGAACUUGCCGCCAUCGUACCGAACUCUAUCCAUACACAGGUUCACAUCUCUCCGUGGAGGAACAACGCAGCGUAUUUGGGAUAG